CGGGAUCAAGUCCUCCAUUCGUGGACCAGAGAGAGAAAGCGAUUAACUUAAAGGAAACAAAAAAAAGAAAGAAAGGACUAAGAGAAUGGUGGCGACUACAGACUGCGUAGAGAAAUCCAAACCCGUUACUGGAAACAAGGUAUCCAAACCACUCAUGGAAAAGAAACGAAGAGCACGGAUAAACCAAUGUUUGGAUCAGUUAAAAUCUCUUCUGGAGAGCUACUACAGCAGCAGUAUUCGAAAGCGCAAACUGGAAAAGGCCGACAUCUUAGAGCUUACCGUGAAACACCUGAGGAACCUCCAAAAGAUCCAGAGCUGCACUGCCGCUGCAUCCGAGUUUUCAGAUUACCAGUCUGGCUUUCGCAGUUGCCUGGCAAACGUCAACCAAUACCUGCUGAUGGCGGAACACUCGGACGGGAGCGACCGCUGGAUGCUGUCGCAGAUUUCCAACAAACUCUGCCGCUCUCGAAGAAGAGAAGUCUCCAGCACCACGGACAGCAACCUGGCUCAAGCCGAGGCGCGGAAUGAGGCGCGGAAACUUCCCGCAUCGCCCGCUGCACCUGAGGAGGAAAGGGUUGCCAAAUUUAAACCUGGCGGCCACCACGGUGCAGGCGUGACACAUUUUGUGCACGGCGAAGACGCACGCCAGUCGCCUGAAAUCAAGCAGGCUGUGCUUUUUGCUUUGCCUUCACGAAACACGAAAGAAAAAUGUUGCACUCCCAACAAGGUCCACUCCGUCAGUGACAGGAUUGAAGCUGCAAACACUCAUCACAGUGUAUGGAGGCCUUGGUAGAGACUGAUGAGAAUGUAAUGCUGAUGUAAAUAUAUUUGUUCGCCUUAAUGUUUAUAAUUGUACCAUAGAGACCACAAUAUGCUAUUACCUAUACUGCAAAUGUAUUAUUUUCUUAAUAAAAGUGACAAAGAGAAAGAUGCGUGUCGCCUUGGCGAGAUCUGAACUUUCCUAU